AUGGAGAGAGUAGCUAUAUUUGUUCUUUUACUUGUUACACUCCCCAUUCAGAAAAUCUAUACUGCCGAAAUCGAUAUCAUUUCGGAUUUACAGUUCUUGACCGAAAAUGACACAUUGGUCUCGUCGGCCAGAACCUUUGAACUGGGCUUUUUCAAGCCGGGUAGUUCUGGGAAUAGCUACCUUGGUAUUUGGUAUAAGAAAAUAUCUGUUAAAACAGUAGUUUGGGUUGCCAACAGAGAUCUUCCACUCUCCGUCGGAUCAUCAGGUGUGUUAAAGAUUGUCCAUCCAGGAAGUCUUGUCCUCAUGAGCAAUAAUGGUAUAAUGUGGUCAUCCAACACAACAUCAUCAGGAAAUGCAAUUGCAAAGCUUGAUGACAUGGGAAAUUUGGUCAUGAUGACAGACGGAGACAACAAAAACAUUAUCUGGCAGAGUUUUGAUUAUCCAACUGAUACUCUUUUACCUGGGAUGAAGUUAGGGAGGGACCUGUUGACGGGCCGGGAACAACGUCUAUCGUCAUGGAAAAGCAGUGAAGAUCCAGCUCCAGGUGAAUUUACCGACAGCACUGACACACAUGGUUAUCCUCAGUAUGUACUCAAACAAGGCGCAGAUAAGAUCAAAUUCCGGGUAGGACCAUGGAAUGGUAUGGGGUUUAGUGGAGAUUCGACGUUCGGCAGGAACAACAUCUUUACGUACAAUAUGGUUAUUAAUGAAACAAUGGUAGCUUAUACUUAUGAUCUUAUAAACAGUUCUGUUGUAUCAAGGUUAACCUUGAUUUCUUCUGGGGAGCUACAACGUUCUGUGUGGGUGGAAGAUGCUACAAAUUGGCAGCUUGUGGUUAGAUUCCCAAGAGAUAUAUGUGAUUUAUACAACAUUUGUGGUGCCUAUGGAAGCUGCAGCACUGUGAAGACACAGAGAUGUUCGUGCUUAGAUGAGCCAAAAUUUGUGCCUAGAAACUCAAAGGGUUGGGAGGAUGCAGAUUGGUCUGGUGGCUGUAUGAGACGAACAUCAUUGGAACUAUGA